AUGCUAGGGAUUCAUGGUCUUGGGGGAGCAGGUAAAACUACAAUUGCAAAAGCUGCUUAUAAUAGAAUUUUUAAUCAUUUUGAUAGGAGCUGCUUUCUAGAGAAUGUUAGAGAAAAGUCAUGGACAACCAAUGGCAUAAUCCAACUACAAGAGACACUUCUUUCUAUGAUAUUACAAGACACAUAUUUAAAGGUGGACAAUGUUCCCAAAGGAAUUGAACUGAUAAUGGAUAGGCUUUGUCAUACAAGGCUUCUUUUAAUUCUUGAUGACGUGGAUGAAUCGAUCCAUAUAGAAAAUUUGCUUGGAAGAUGUGACUGGUUUAGUUCGGGAAGUAGAAUUAUUAUAACAACAAGAUACAAACAAGUGCUAACCACUCUUGGAAAAGAUCAUCUAGCUUAUGAGGUUAAGAAAUUGAAUCAAUGUGAAGCUCAUGAACUCUUCAGCUGGAAUACCUUCCAAAUGAAUAAACUAGGGGAAGACUAUUCAAAAGUUGCAAAGCAAAUUAUACAUUAUGCCAAUGGUCUUCCAUUAGCACUAACAAUAAUAGGUUCUGAUUUGUGUGGAAAAAGUAUAGAUAAAUGGGAAAAUGCAUUAGAAAAGGAAAUCGUUCAACAAGAAUCUGAACAACCUGAAAAUCGUAGCAGGAUAUGGUGUUAUGAGGAUGCUUAUGAAGUGCUAACUAAAAAUUUGGGGUCUGAUAAACUUCAAGCAAUGAUAUUGCACUCACCAAAACCAGUAACUAUAAAAUUGCAAAGUGAACCUUUUGAAAGGAUGAAAAAUCUUAAAUUUCUUUUAGUUAAAAACGUACACAUCUGUGAAGAAUUUCAAUAUCUCCCUAAUGGGUUACGGUUACUUGAAUGGCCUGGAUUUCCUUUUUCCUGGCCAUCUAAAUAUUGUCCUCAAAAGCUUGUUGCACUCAAUAUGGGAAGGAGUAAUCGCAUUAGAAUGGAGACAAUAUUCAAGCAGGGUAUCCAAUUUAAAAUUUUAAAACUUAUCAAUCUUAAGGAGUGUAACUCCAUUAUAGAAUUCCCUGAAUUGUGUGCCCCAAACCUAGAGACACUGAACCUUUCUUUUUGUAAAAAAUUAGUUAUGGUUCAUGAGUCCGUUGGAUUUCUUGAUAAGCUAUGGAAAUGGGACCUCGCAUUCUGUGAUAGUCUUCAAAAUCUUCCAAACAACCUCAGGUUGAAAUCGCUCAAAGAGUUUAAUCUUUCUGGAUGCUUUAAGCUUGAAAAAUUCCCCAAUAUUCAUCCAGAAAUGAAACGUUUAAAGAAUUUAGAUUUAUCUCUAAGUGGCAUUAGGGGGUUGCCCUCAUCAAUCGGGUAUCUUACUGCAUUAGAAAGCCUUGAUAUACAAAAUUGCAAGCAGCUACGACAAAUUUUGAGGCUUCCACAAUUUAUAAAACGUGUAGAAGCAAGUAACUGUCCGUCAUUAGAUGCACAAUCCUCAAGCAGAUUAUUGAAUCAGAUUGGAGAAAUUAUAUGUGAAGGAGAAAGAAGCUACAUAUUUGUGGAUCCACCGUCAUUAUUAAGUAGAUAUUUGUUCCUUGAUGAUACGGAUAAGCGUACUUUCAAAAUUAGGGGAGAUUUCUUCUGUUUGGAUGAUACGGAUAAUCGUAGUUUUAGAGUACCAGGUACAGAGAUUCCAAGGUGGUUGGAUUCCAAGCAUCAAAAUAUUGGAAAUUCCAUAUCAUUCCGUGUUGGUCGCAAAUUUCCAAAUGUUUUUGCCGUCUAUUUCGCUUUUGGACAGGUGCUGGAAUUAUCCUUGAGUCCAGGUUUUGGUUUCUGGGUUUACCUCUCCAUUAAUGGUUUUGAAAAAGUUUGGAUUAAUAGCAUUUCGCUUCGUCGUUAUGCUUCUGAUACAGUGUGGAUAUUUUCUAGAUCACAUCUCAAAUUACAGAAGCUAUUGAAUGAAUCAAAUCCAUCUGAUUACAAUCACGUUGAGGUUACAUAUGAAUGGGACAACAACAAUGGUUCUUUUGAGCUUAGAAGGUGGGGGUUCAAUGUAGAAUGUAUCUGUUGUCCUCAAAAAUCUAGUAUUUCGUCUUCAAUGGCCCUUACCCUUGUUGACAAUGAUUCUGACUCCAAUCUGAAUCUACCAUUAAAGAAGAGGAGAAAAUAUUGAUUGAAUUCAGAAGAUAUAUGCUAAGGUUUGUUUCUCUCUCUCUGCCCCCCGGGCUUUUGGACCCUGAGUGUUUCUUGCUCUUGAAUUUUCUAUUUGAAGAAGCUCCUCUAUGGUUGAUGUAAUCUUCCAUUGAAAUUCCCAAGUUAGAUGAAUUGUCUGAUGGUUCAGUUGGGAAUUCUACUACUCCAUCAAGGGCACCUAAAUCUGCUACCAGAAAAUUUAUGGCUAAUGAUUCUAUUCUUUAUGGCAGAUAACUCGAGGAAUUUGUUGAGCUUCAGAGCUUGGGACUGAAACCGAGCAGUAGUUCCCAACUAGAGCCAUGCUUGACUCAUGUUUACGGUGGGUCUUAGCAUUGGAACGGAGAAAUAAUUUUAAAUUUGUAGGAGUUGGAAAAAACAAAACAAGUCAUCUUUAGUUUUUGUUGUAGUUAGAUUUUGAUUUUUGUCAAUGGAUAGCUAAUUAUGAUUUUGGGCCAGUUGAAUAUAAAACUACCCUGAUUUUAGUCAAUUGAUAACUAAUUAGUUGUAGUAUAUCAUGACAUAAGCUUCCACAAAUUCAAUGAUACCAUUAGUCUCUCUUUCAUGAUCUGAUCUAUCAUUCUUUAUGUGAGAAUUGUAAUUCAAAUAUAUGCUAUAAUGUAAUGUGACCUGUCAUGUUCCUAGAGCUAUAGGAGUUGAAGCAACUUCAUGAACAUGAUCCAAAAUUUUGUACCAUGCAGCUUCUAAUGAAUGUCUGUUUGUAAAAAUAUUCUAAAUUAUUAUGUGGAU